AUGCCACCAGCAAAGUGGGACGACGCUCGUCAUAAGCAGCUGCUCCUGGCUGUAAUCCACCUGUCGACGAUCUCAACUCCCAACUGGGACAAGGUCGCAGCUGCGAUGAACGAGGGCUGUACUGGUUCGGCCGUUCGUCAGCAGUUCAACUUCCUGAAGAUCAAGGCGAAGGAGGAGUUCGGAGAGGCUGGAGACGUUGGCGCCGGUGACGGGGCCAAGCCUAAGGCUGGGGCCUCUGCAGGCAAAGGUCGAGCGAAGAAGGCGACUGGCGAGGUUACCGUCAAAUCGGGCUUGAAGCGCAAGGCUGAUAAGAUGGCUGAGGACGAUGCGGAGGGCGUCGGCGGCGUCGAGGGCAAGCAUGAGUCGACCAAGCGUGUCAAGGAGGAAGAAGAUCAGAUCUGA